AUGGAGUCACGAUUCAACUUCAAGACGGUCUCAAUACCUGGAGACGGGGAGAUUGACUUUAGGCAGUUUUGGAUGAAGUCUAAGAAGAAGAUGAAGAGAGCAUUGGAUAAGGGAGUAGAAGAGUUAGGCGCCUUAAAAGCCAGCAUUAUGGCAGAGGUAAGUUUGAUGAAGGAGGACACUGAGACGACAGUUAUGUUGCGCUCUAAGUCUUUGGUUAUAUCAGAGUCGACAAGGUUAGAACCAAUGCUAUCAGACACUUUAGAGGGGCUGCUGGAGAUGCUGUCUAAUUACACCAAGCAAGGAUCUGGAUGGACGGUAACAGAAAUAAGAGACAUGCAGAUUAGCAUGGCUAGAUACGUACCGAUAAAAGGAGGAAGUUACGUACCGUUACCAGCUUGGAUAGAAAGGAAGAGAGCUAUCGUAAGCGUGAGGAAUGAUGAUAACAAAUGCUUUAUGUGGGCGAUAAGGUCCGCUUUGUAUCCUGUGGAGAAGAACACGGCGAGAAUGAGUAAUUACCCAAGUGAUGACCUUAAUUGGGAAGGAGUUACGUUCCCAAUGCAGCUGCACGACAUACCAGCGUUUGAAGAUGCCAAUGACAUUGCAAUAAACGUUUACGGUGCUAGAGAUGAGACGAUAGUUCCUCUAAUGUUGUCAAAGCACCAAGGUAAGAGGGUGCACCUUUUCUACCAAGGCGGUAAUUAUUCCUGGGUAAAGCACGUGAGCAGGCUAUUUUACAGACAUACCAAACAUAAGUGUAAGAAGUACUUCUGCGACUGUUGUCUGCUGUCAUUUACGGACGCGAAAGCCCUGGAGAAGCAUGAUAAGAUUUGUCGAGGAGUAGAACAAGUAGCACAGAGAAUAUCGAUGCCCGCAGAGAAGAAAUUGUCAUACGACGACUUUAAGAGACAAGCCCAGGUGCCUUACGUCAUUUAUGCGGACUUUGAGGCUAUAAUUACCAAGGAGGAGCAGAAGAAUGGGUCAACAAAGAAGUUAGGACUGCAUGAGAUAUGCUCCUACGGAUACAUCGUUGUGCGACACGACGGUAAAGCAGACGAGCCUGUACUAUACAGAGGGAAGGACGCAUCCACGAGGUUCCUAGAAGCCCUAAAGGAAGAGGAAGAAGAGAUAAGGAGGAAGCUGCGCUUGAAGAACAAGCCGAAGCUGUCCAAAGAAGACCAAGCCGCGUAUGCGAAGGUCAAGAAGUGUCACGUAUCCCUGGAGGAAGAUUUCUACGUGGACAAAGUCCUGGACUAUUGCACGCUAACCGGUAAAUACGUAGGAGCAGCGCACUGGAGGUGUCGCAACUACGUAGACCCAGACAUGGAAAUCCCGGUGUUCUUCCACAACCUCCGAGGGUACGACAGCCAUCUCCUACUACAGAGAACGGACGGUAAGUCAGUCAAAUGCAUCCCAAACAACAAAGAGCGGUACAUGUCCGUCACUAUUGGUAAGCUAAAGUUCCUUGACUCACAACAGUUUAUGGCGGACUCACUAGCGAACCUCGUAAAGUAUAAUGAAGAUUCCCCAAUAUCCGACAAAUACGGCGCGGAAAGGAAGGGAGUGUACCCUUAA